CUUGUUAUAAUUUUGUAUAAUAUAUUUGUUGUAUGAUGUUGAUUAAUAGAUUAUUAAUAUUUAAGCGUAUAAAACAGUUGAAUGGAAGGAAUUUUACUACAUUUGACGUGUUUAAGAAAUUACAAGAUUCUAACUCUGAAACUAAAGUGGAUGAAGAAACUAGAAAACCUUCCUUAAAAGUGAUAAAAUUAGUGGAUGAGAUACUUAACUUAACCCUAAUUGAGGUGGCAGAUUUGUGUAACCUCUGCCAAGAUAAACUUUCCACCAAUAAUGUUAAUAAUAGACUCCCGUUUCCACACCCAAACUCUUUUUUUCAGUAUAAUGGAUUUGCUGGUAACAUGAAUUUUACACCUCCUCCAACUCCCACCAAUACUACCGAUUCCACUGAUAGUACUCCAAAGAAUACUAAUGUUAGUACUAAGGAAGAACCUGUGAAGGAAAAGGUGCCGGUGAAAAGGACAAUAAAAUUAGUUGGAUUUGACAAGGAGAAGAAGAUCGAUGUAAUAAAAACAAUAAGAACAAUAUUAAAUAUUUCCCUAAGAGAAUCCAAAGAACUGAUAGAAUCUUACCCAAAAGUUAUUAAAAAAAAUGUGAGUGAGGAGGAAUUGGAGAAGUUGACCAAGUUAAUAAAGGAUUCUGGUGGUCAUGUAGAAGUCGAAUAA